GCGGGACCCAUAAUAGAUCAAUUCUUCUGCCCGGACAGCUUUUCGUUUGCGUCGUCAGCAACGGGGGACGUGACUGUACUCGCUUACUCGACGAUAUUGUCUCUCCCGCUCGCAGAGUACUCGAUAGGACUCUUGUCAAGGUUGUCCGAGCGAUAUCCCGUUGACAGACUGCACUCGGCUGUAUUCUCGCAUUCCCGAGCUGAGGACAAAGUGAAGAGAGCAGCGAGAUGGGAAGAUUGUGUGCGGAGCAUUGUUUCCGUUCCAGUACGGGUAGCAAAUGCCCUCGAGGGCAAGGAUAUCCCUCCCCAGCUAGAACAUGGGGUCUAUUUCAACCAGCUCUGUGAGCGCUGUGAGAUUGCGAUUGCGGCGAUGUCGUCGGACACCCGAGAGGAUGAAUCGGGGGGACUGACCUUCCUCCUCGCCAAGCUCAUCAAUCUCGGCUGCUUCCCUUCGUCGCCACCCUCUUCAAGAUCGCAGCCUUCUUUCUUCCAGGCAACCCUACCUCUUAUCCGAGAGCGACUUGCAGUGGAGAAUCUGCGGUAUUCUGGCGCCUGGAGAAAGAUCUUCCGCGGAUUCGCCUCCACUUUGGCCCUGCGAUCUGUUUUCUUAUCGCUUCUUUCUGCCUUGCCAGCAGACGGCAGGCUCGACGGAUCCCCGCAAGUCAGGUCCUCGAUUAAACGAGAGGGGCUGUUUUUGAAUUCGUUCUUGGGAUCCCUCGAUGCGGAAGAGGACUGGCAACUUUGGGAAGCCUUGUCUGCUGUUGUCUUGACUCGGGAAUGGAACGAGGCCCAUGCUCGCAUAUUUGUUUGCUGGAUCUCGGGCCCUCGUUGCAAUGCAGGCGCCUUGGAAACUUUGCUGGAUCGCAUACUUGACCUGUGGUCUAAUCCGGAACACAUCAAGCAUUCGCUGUUGAACAGACACAGAUAUGUCACUGCCAUUUUCCUCCUCACAUUGUCAUAUCUUCCUCCCUCAUCAUCGAAGCUGCAGUCGCUGGCGCUAUCUCCAGCGCUUAUCUCGAGCAUCGGACAAUAUAUCAGCCAUCUGGACGACUCAGUUCGAAGAUGCGGCAUGCUUGCUGCCGAAUUUGUUGCCCAACGCUCAGGCAAAACCCUUGACUUCAAAGAUUGGGACGGAGACAGCGACGGAAAGGUGUGGGCACGGAGUUUACGAGCACUACUUGCCAUCAAGGACGUGGACGCGGAAGUGCUUGAAGAACCGCCAAGCCUGCCGAUCCCCGAAGCUGUCGCGGAUGACCUGCCGCCCCUAGGCCAUCAUCGCGAGAACCCAAUCGAGGUCGGAUACGACUCGGACGACGACUCUCUGAGCGGGUACAUCUCCGAAUCUUCGUCGAGAUCGGUCUCGCCCACGCGAUCAGAACUGGCUGAGAUUGAGCAAGAUCCUACGCUCAGCGUAGGGCGCAAGAAAGUCCCUCGUCCCGUCUAUCUUGCUCAACUGGGGGCUCUGAUUCGGCCACCGGGGUCGGUGCAGGUGGACGAGAGCAAGCAGGCGGAUGAAUUGGAGGUGGGGCUGAGCUGCGCUGAGGAGCUGAUACGUAAGAAGACAGGAUAUGGUGUGGAGCUAGAGGAAAAUGCGGUCAAUCUGGUCUAUGGGUUGGUCGGACUGCAAGACAACUACGAAUUGGAAGGCUUCUCCGAAAAGAGGCAGGGUGCUUUGAACGCUUUGGUGGCUUGUAUUCCUCGAAUCGCAGCGACAUGUAUCAUCGAGGAAUUCUUCAAAAACCAGUACUCAAUUGAUCAGCGAUAUGUGAUGCUCAACGCUCUUGCCCUGGGAGCCAGAGAACUGGCCUCGCUCAGCAUCCCCUCUUCUGCCGUGCCUCGACAUCGUAUUACUUUUCCAAGCAAAACAUUGCCGUCUCUUCUGCACCAGAAGUAUGUCGAGAAUGGCAACCAGCUGCUGCCUCGACUGGUCGAGGAUAUCAGCCAAGAGGCAUUAGACCGCGACGCUCGGGACAACGUAGAUAAGGUCCCUCAGCUCGUCCGAGAACGCAGAAUUCGAGUCCAAAAGCAGCCCUUAGUCAAGGAGGUAGAGCCUGAUCGACCACUCCAAAAGACGUCCUUCACUCAAGUUGCUGCCGAAUGCUUCAUCGCCCCGCUGAUCAACCGAUUCUGGUUGUUUUUCCGUGACGAGCAGUCGCGAGAAGAACGCACGGCGUUACGGCUCGGCAGGCAGAGAUACCAGAGCACCGGCACGGGACUCAUAUUGAAUCCUAUGGUUCUCUCUCACCUGUUGAUCACACUGGCUGUUUUGGUGCAUGCUUCGAAGAAUGCUCCCGAGUGGCUGGCCGUGAUUGCCCCUGAAGCAUUGGAGCUCGCGGUGACUCUUGGAACUCGGCCGAUGAGCCUAGGCGAUGACGACAACGAUGGAAACAGCGGUGGCAAGGAGGCAGCCGUUGUAAGCUCUGCUCUGGAGCUCUCUCUCAUCGUUCUCGAUGGAUGUCUGGAGGUCGAUGACGGCCGUUCAUUGGGCUUGGAUAACACAACUUUGCUUCUAGCAACCGGGGAAUGGGCCUCUUCUGUUUUCAGCUCUAUCGAGCGGGGUGCUAAACUACCUGGCGAAGGAGGGAUUCAGGAGAUCAAGCUCAAAAGAGCUGCCGCUGGUGUUCUACUAAAAGUGGAUACCUUGACUUCAAAAUGGCGGCGAUCCAUGAUAGACACUGCUUAAUUGAUUUGAAAAUUUGAGGCUAGAUACUUUCAGGCAGCAGGCUGGCCGC